CUGGCCUCAGUAAAACAGGUCGGUGACUUACAUGCACUAUCAAUUGACAGUUCAUGUCUGGAGUUUGGCCCCGGUCUUUCAAAAGCCACUGUCAAACCCAGAAAAGGCUAUGUUCCCAAGGUUCUAACCACGCCCUUCAGAGUGCAGGUGGUUCACCUUCAAGCUUUCUUCCCUCCUCCAUUUAUUUAGGAUGUGGAACAAUCCUUGCAUUUAUUAUGCCCUGUGUGGGCACUACACGCAUACGUUGAGCACACCCGCCAGUUCAGAGUGUCUGUUCAGCUCUUUGUGUGCUAUGGCGGACGCAUGAAAGGAAUGUCUGUCUCCAAGCAAAGACUUUCUCACUGGAUCGUUGAUGCGAUUGCCCUGGCUUACGAGUCACAGGGUAAAAUCUGCCCAAUUGGUGUUAAAGCACACUCAGCUAGAGGCAUUGCCUCCUCAUGGGCAUGGACGAACGGUGUGUCUUUACAAGACAUAUGUUAUGCAGCAGGAUGGUCUUCUCAAAACACAUUAGCAAGGUUUUACAACCUAGAUGUAACAUCUCUCUCUUCACAAGUCCUCUCUAUUUAGAACGCUUGCUGUUUCGUUUGCCAAACAUAUACUAAUGCCCCUCCCCUUAAGUACGGGCUCCCCAUCAUUUUACACAACCGCCUGCAUCAGGCCAUUGUAAUUUACCAUAAAGUCACACACUUUCUUUAUAAAUAAACUCCCUUACCGACUGAGUUCAUGAAGGGGUUAAUUCAUACUAUAUGACUAUAGUUCAUAUAUUCAUUCUGAGUGCUCCCCUCUUGGCCCAAAAUGAGGGUCACUCACUUGCGGUAUACUCAUGUCGGUCACCAGUAUAAAUAAAAAAACAGAAACCAGGGCAUUGUGUGACCCCACAUUUUAAACUUUAGGGCAUUUUUUGUCACUUGUGGGGGCAUUUUUGCCCCGAGCCCCCCUUAAGUCCUGACCCUGCAUCACUGUUCUAUUACGAUUUCUUGGUGAGAGAAAUAUCCUUUAUUAACACAAAAUGUGAUUUAAACUUGCUUAAUAUGGAGCAUACAAUAUAAAGAUGAUGCAAUAGUGGCAUCUAGCCUUUUUUAUUUUAUUAUUAUUACAACGGUGCGGCCCACAACACCUUAUUUAUUUUUGCAACUGGCCCCCAGUAAAAAAAGUUUGGACACCCCUGGUCUAAAUGGAUGAAUAAAUUAAUUAUUAAACAAAUAAAGUUAUUUGUGUGGACUAGUUGGACUAGUUGGUAACAACAAAGUGGUCAUGAUUGAUGCUGACAACUGUAUAUAUUAAUAAUAGAGAGAGAAGAAAAAAGUUUUUAACUUGCUGCCAUGCAUGAAAAUCGUCCCUAUAUAUUGGCUCAUCAUCAUUGAUUUACAUUUAUUCAUUUGGCAGACGCUUUUAUCUUCGUCUCUGAAACCCAAAGGCUCUCUCGCCAGCACUACAAGUUGUGUAGAACUGCACAUGCAGCAUUACUGUUACCAUUAUAACUUUUGGGAGUAAAGAGCACACCUCCACUUUAAUGGUGAAUGUCCAUGUGGAGGCAAGGGCGUGGUCGAACAUUCAUCUGGGGAGAGAGGAAGCAGUAAGGGUUUUCAUCUGAGAUGAUUUCUGGUAAUUGCUGUUUCUUUGUUCACAGUGAGAGACAGGGGAAAUAAAAGGGGCCAGACCUCAGAGUGAAGCUUCGAGUGUGUUGGCAGCUGCCAGUCCCACUACAUAGAGCAUUUUGUGUGUUUAUAUGAAGCUUUACCAUUACGCAGUCAAGCGAAUGUUUUUGUGUGAAGAAUAAAUGUACCUUUGAGUUGGAUUCGCCGUCUCCCGCUUCCUCAUUCCUUGAACCUGUUACAUUGGUGCCGAAACCCGGGAGUAGAGGAAGAAGGAUACACUGUCAUGGAGUCGUCGCCACUGGAGGAAGUUUUCAGAUCUCUUACCAGUAUCCACCAGGGCCAACACCAGGCCCUCAUGGAGCUUCAGAGAGAGUAGCAACAGCGCUUUGAGGCACUCCUUCGGGCCCAGGAGGAGGACCGGCAGGGGUGCUGCGGAGCUUAGUACCCCAGGAGGGGGCGACCUCCCUGUCCCCGGCAGCAGCGCACCCCCACAUAUUGCUCACCAAGAUGGGGCCUCAAGAUGAUCCAGAGGCCUACCUUGAGCUCUUUGAGCACACAGCUGAAGCUCUGAAAUGGCCGCCGGAACAGUGUGCAGUCCAUCUUCUGCCACGGCUGACCGGGGAAGCCCAGAUCGCAGCACAGCAGCUUCUGGUCGGCAACCUCCUGGACUACUCGGUGCUGAAGAAGUCCAUCUUGCAGCGGGUCGGCCAUCAUCAAUCUAGUGGUGCUGGAGCAGUUUGUCUCCCGGUUGCCGAAGGGGACAGCCAAGUGGGUCCAGUGCCACCGGCCGGCAUCGCUGUACGAAGUGCUCCAGCUGGCGGAAGACCAUCUGUCAUCAUAUCCGUGGGCCGGCGCACCCCACACCCUUCCCCCCUCUAAUGUCUCCUCCCCUGUUCUCUCCCACCCCCCUUCCUUCUUUCCUGUUCCAUUUCCCCGGAAACGGGGGAAAAUUCCCCCAAAACCGGCUCCCCAGUCAUGGGGGUUCUCUGCUACCACAAACCCCGUCUCUCCCCUCUCUUCAUCCCAGGUGAAGGAGUCUGCUGCCACAAGUUUGGGCGGAAGGCUUGGGCCAGUCUGCUGGAGUUGCGGGGAGCUUGGUCAUGUUCAAGAGCAGUGCCUGGUAAUGGAGGUGGGGGCCUUGAUCCGGAUCCCCGACACCCCACAGACCGCCCCCGAGCGAGCAGGGAUGUACCAAAUACCUAUGAGUCAGAAGACAGUCAAGACACUGUGGAACAAAUUCUGAAAUGCAUCAUUGAGAAUGAAGCCAAUAUGGAUGCCUUCAAAGAGAUGUUGGGUGGCCAAAAUGUCUGUGAACUUCACGAUCCACGUUUACGUCGCAAGGACAGUGUAGGCGGUCUUCCCCUUCACCAUCAUACAGUUCAUCUGGGAGGAGAAAUCAGCACCUGUGUUCACUGUAUGCAAGGACAUCUAUUAAAAACACGACGCAGAAGCCGUGUGUCUAGAAGCAAAGCCCGGCCGGGGGAGAUGACUGUGUUUUCUGUGGGCAGAUUUCGUGUCACCCACACGGAGAAGAAGAACAGCCUUCAAGGUUCGAUCAAUCUGCCCGCCGCUAAACCAGGAGACACAUCCAAUGACACCACACUAUCAGACAGCAGGUCGGGGUUCAAAGAUACCUCAAAAAAGCCUCAGGAAGAAUACAACAUCCGCAACAUGUUCAAAGACACUGGAGGAACGAACGGCAAGGUCCCAAACCCAGGAAAACGUAAGAAAAGCGUCACACUGCUUGGCUUCUAUAAGGGCAGCAGUCCAGUGGGGACCAAGGAAAUGGUUGAAGAGGACAAGGAAGGGCCAAGCACUGCUGAACAGCUGUCAGUCUCUCUAGAAGAGUGCUUGAGCUCUGUCGCUGUGUCUCUUAUUGACACUGAAACAGCUUUAGAUGUGAAUUCAAUUAAAGGUUCUGUCAAUAAAUUAGAGGAGACCAGCCCAGAGAAGGAAAGGGCUGAUGAAGCAUCUUUAGAUAUGAAUUCACAAGACAAAUUAAGUACAAAAACCACAGGGAAUGUUCGAGACGGCUCUAGAUUUUCUGUGGUAAGCACUGAGGAAGAGAUUACUGUUACAUCUGUAGCCACUACUGAGCAUAGAGGAUGUGAUACAGUGCAAAACGAUGAUAUAAAGACUGGCAAAAUUAGUCAGGAGAAUAUAGACAAUCAGCAGGUAUGAUUAUAGCACCAUUGCCCAACGAGCAUAGUGUUAUAGAUUAUUGAGAUGGUCAGACAAUUGUUUUUUGAGAAAGAGACUCAAAUGCAAAGCUUUUAAGUUGCCACAAGACUGCUUUUUAAUAUACAAUGCAUACCUGUAAAUGGGUGUUUCUUCAAUUUUGGGCACUUUUAGAACUGUGUGAUUUCUACUUAUUUUUUUCAAGUCAUGAAAAUUCCCACAACAGUGUCAUUUCCAGCACAUCUCAAAUUCUGUAUUGUGUUUAAUAGAAUUCAGUGGAAAGAACGCUGAUGGAAAUUACAUGUUUAACUUUUUUUUAAAAGGCAAAAGAUUAAUUUCAUAGCUAACAAUUUAUGUAUCCUAAAUACACACAAUCAUAUAAUAUUUUCACACAAAAUAACAGCUUGAUUAGAAAAGACACCUGAUUAAAUUAUUCUGGUCACAAGUGAUAUUUACUUUACUAAUUUUCUUUGUUUUCUUCAAACAUCCCUUGUUUCAAUGCUCCUCACUGACACUUUUGUCGACUUGGUUAAAGGAAUAGUUCACCCAAAAAGGAAAAUUCUUUCAUUAUUUACUUACACUUAUGCCAUCCCGGAUGUGUGACUUUUUUUAUUCACAAAUGAAGACCACAGAUGAAGAAUUUCUCAGCUCUUUUGGUCCAUACAAUGCAAGUGAAUGGGUGCCAGAAGUUUGAAUUUCUAAAAAUCACAUUCGUCAGCAUAAAAGUAAUCCAUACGAUUAAAUCAAUGUCUCCAGAAGUGAUUUCAUAGGUGUGGGUGAGAAACAGAUCAAUAUUUUAGUCAAUUUUUACUAUAAAUUCUCCACCCUGCUCAGUCAAUCUCCACUUUAACUUUCACUUUCACAUUCUUCUUUUGUUUUUGGUGAUUCACAUUCUUAGUGCAUACACCCCCUACUGGGCAGGGAGAAGAAUUUCUAGCAAAUUUGGACUGAAAUAUUUAUCUGUUUCUCACCCACACCUAUCAUACUACUUCUGAAGAUAUUGAUUUAACCACUUGAGUUGUAUGUAUUACUUUCAUGCUGCCUUUACAUUCUUUUUGGAGGGUCAACAUUUUGGCACCCAUUCAGUUGCAUUGUAUGGACCUACAGAUCUUAAAUACACUUAUAAAAAUCUAAAUUUGUGUUCUGCAGAAUAAAGAAAGUCAUACACAUCUGGAAUGGCAUGAGGGUGAGUAAAUGAUGAGAGAAUGUUCAGUUUUGGGUGAACUAUUGCUUUAACAAGUACACUAACUUUUGAAAGAAAAAAUUUGGAGAAAAAUUGUUUGGUGUGUUGGAAAUGCUGGCACAACUGUGGGACAAAAAAUCAUAGAGAUAAUUUUCACACAAUAAAUAUUAAAAUGGUUUAUGCUUUCACAUUGUGUUUAGACUAUUAUAGUUUUAAACGUGUAAUAAUUUGCAUUUUUACAAGGGAUUUUCAUAGUUUAAUUUUGAAAGUCUGGGUCUGGGGCAAGGCUAAAACAGUCAAAUCUAUUCGAAGCAUUUCAAAAUUACAAAAAAUAGAUGGUGAAAGCAUGGUAAAAACGUUUCUAAUUCAGUUUUAAUAAAACCCUCACAUAACAAAAUGAUAAAAGUUUAAAUCUUUUUUUCGGGGACAUGAAAUUACCUGAAGUUGAAGAAACACCUGUUUACAGUGGGGGUUCAAAAAUCUGAGUUGACAUUGAAAAUCUGGGAUUUUAAAUCUUAUGUGAACCUAAAAAGAAACAAAGGUAUGAUGUAAAAUAAAUAAGAAAUAUUUAAGAUUCUGCACUAUUUUCAAGUCACUAAUCAAAUAGUAUACAAAAUGUUCGAUUUCCACACUUUGGAAUAACAUGGAUUUUGCACAAACUUGUGGAGUUCUUGCCAGCUCAAGUUCAAGCUAAAAGGGAAUAUAGCAUACACCAAAAUAAAUAAUGUAAAUUUGUGAACCUUUUAUUCAAAUUGUUGCUUAUAAAAUAAUUUGUAAAAAAAAAAACAAAUUACAUUAAGAAACAUUAAAUAGACAAAUUUUCACAAGUUGACUUAGACUUUUGAACCCCACGUGUAUAUGUAUGUAAAUAAACUACAUGUUAUGAGCCAAAAUAAAAUCAGUGGCUAUCGUAAACAUAUAUUGACAAUGCCAUCUAGUUAAUGGCAUUCUGUUUAUUAAAAUAAUAUAUAUAUAUAUAUAUAUAUAUAUAUAUAUAUAUAUAUAUAUAUAUAUAUAUAUAUAUAUAUUUACAAAGCAACUUAAUUCACUGGGCAAUAGUUAAUUCAAAACAAUUUCCUCUUAACAGAUCUGAGUUCAGUGUUAACUCAGUAUGAGCUAUUUUAACUCUACUUGUUUAGUCGUAUAUCCUUGUAUGAAAAGUUAUACAAAGUUCAAAUAAUAUCUAUGGAGAUCGUCAGUAAUCUAAGCUGUCACAGAAUGUCUUACAGAAAUCAAUGUAUUCAUGACCAUAUGGACAUGUUCAACAGUUAUUAAAACACUUUUUAAACCAA